CAACACACUCAACUCUUCAGUCAAGAAGUUCAAUCAACCAACCAACAAGCAAUCAACAUGUUCAAGCUGUUCGCUCUGCUCUCCGCACUCUGCGCCGUUGCCAACGCUGGCCUCAUUGCUCCCUACAGCGGCUAUGGCCAUGGCUAUGGUCUGGGCUACGGCAGCGGCUACGGCAGCUACGGCAGCUACGGUGGACACUAUGCCGCUCCAGCUGUCAUCUCGCAUGCGCCCAUCAUCAAGAGCUACGCCGCUCCCAUUGUGCACGCGCCCAUUGUGAAGACCAUUCACCCAGUGGCCACCUCUUAUGCCAACACCUACAAGGUCGCCACCAAGGCUUACCCAGUGGUGCAUGCUGCUCCUCUCAUCCAUCAUGCUCCCGCUGUUGUCGCUGCUCCAGCUCUGCACACCACCUCCACCUAUCAUGGACAUGGUCUGGGUCUGCCCGCCUACGGUUUGGGCUACACCGGCUACGGUCAUGGCGGUUAUCUGCAUUAAGCUUCAAGCUGCAUGCCCCCAACACGUUGACGACCAGGAGAACAACAAUAACAACAACAACAACAUUGAUUGAUUGUGUGAGAUUCUGCAAGUACAAUUAACAGUUUGUCACUUUGCCGCUGUCAAAGUGACGAAUGCAAGUCAAAAUUUAAUGUUUAACCGUGUAUGAGAGACAGAGACAGAGACACCGUAGAGCAAGACGCAGGACGAGCGUGCUAGUUAGGAAGGAGCUGAGAUCAAGUUAAUGCUGUAGAUAGUUUUUGUUAUAAUGCAUAUAGCCUUGUGGUUUCGACUUAAGUCAAAAAUAAACGAAAAAUAUACAAAACAAA